AUGGUGGAAAGGAAAAACCGUGACCUCAAACCAAGGUUAGCCAUACUCGUGGGAGAUGACCACACUUCCUGGGCAGAUAAGUUGCCUACAAUACGGUUUGCUAUGAAUACCGCUUGGUGUCAAUCCACUGGUCAGACAGCUGCUUACCUAAACUUUGGUCGAGAAAUGCGCACCUUAGACGAUGUAACUCAUGAUCUGCGACCUAUUGUGGAGGCAGAGAAUUUUGUCCCUCAAAUCACACCCUAUCUUCAGAUGGUAACUAGUACCUGGCAAGACGCCCGGUCGAUUAAUGAAAAACAACAAUAUCGCCAGAAAACUUAUUCAGACACUCAUAAACGAGAUGUUGCUCCUUAUGCUCUUGGUGACCGAGUUUGGAUAACCACCCACACCCUAAGUAAAACCGAUAAAGGAAUUACCUCCAAAUUUCACCCAAAGCGAGAUGGGCCCUACGAAGUAAUCCGGAUUGUUUCUCCAGUUAGUUACCAAGUGGCGAAUCCAGCUGACCCUUUUACUCCCUUGGGAAUUUAUCAUAGCUCGGCUUUAACUCCUGUCCAAGGAAAUCCUCCUGAAGAGCCCGUAGUUGCUAUCCGUCGGAGAGGACGACCACCGAAGAAACACAAAGAACCUGCUUCUGGUUCUUCCUCGGGUCGAGUUCAGAACCAUAGGGGGAGAGUGUAG